CGCCGCCGCCGCCGCCAUGUGGCCGCCAGACCAGGAGCCCGACCCGGACCCGGACCCGGCCUCGGCGCGCGCCGGCCGCUCUCCGUCCGGCGCGGCGAUGCCGGGGCUCCGCGCCCUCCUGCCGGCGCGCGCCUUCCUCUGCUCGCUCAAAGGCCGCCUCCUGCUGGCCGAGUCGGGUCUCUCAUUCAUCACCUUUGUCUGCUAUGUGGCGUCCUCUGCAUCCGCCUUCCUCGCAGCGCCUCUGCUGGAGUUCCUGCUGGCCCUCUACUUCCUCUUUGCAGAUGCGAUGCAGCUGAAUGACAAGUGGCAGGGCUUGUGCUGGCCCAUGAUGGACUUCCUGCGCUGUGUCACAGCCGCUCUCAUCUACUUCGCCAUCUCCAUCACAGCUGUCGCCAAGUACUCGGACGGGGCUUCCAAAGCAGCUGGGGUGUUUGGCUUCUUUGCCACCAUCGUGUUUGCAAUCGACUUCUACUUGAUCUUUAAUGAUGUGGCCAAAUUCCUCAAACAAGGGGACUCAGCAGAAGAGAACACAGCUGAUAAGGCAGAAGAAGAGAAUUCCGACUCUGACUCUGACUGAAGCCCUGCCCCGCCUGCCCCAACGACCGGAGCCCCCCAGGCUCCUACAGUUGUGCCUUCUGGCCGGGUGCAGUCAAGACCACAUGCGCUGGGAGAGAGGCGGUGACUUCUCCAGCAGCAGUGGGAGCUUCUGACAGAGCCGGGCUCCUCACGGCCCCGAGGUGACACGCCCAAGCCCGGCCUACCCAACAGCACCCCUCGGCUGAGCAGCAUCUAAUAACCACUGCACACACGGGGGCAUCGUCAAUAGUCUGCCACGCCUCCUCAUUUCUGCCCCACAGACCUUUAGCCUUGUACACUCUCUGCCAAAAAUAAGCACAAGGGGACAGAGCUGAUGGAGCCUUGUUACCUCCAUCCCCUGCAGCGGGGAGGGGGGUAAAAGUAGGACCAAAGCCACCACAGGGCCAACCUGCUAGGUCCCCGUGAUUUUUGUCUGCAUUUGGUGUCCCACUCACGCCAGGCACUUUGUUGAGAAUGAUCCUUCCAAGAUCUUCUGUUCCAGGAGCACCAGUUCCCUCUUCGUUUUUGAAGCAGGAAGAAAACCGACCUUUGCUCUCCUCUAGGAGCGAGCAGGUCACAGUGCCCAGAACAGGCACCUCACACCCUGGGGAGCCACGUCUUCUCCGGGGGACCUGACAGCUGUAGAUCAGCUUACCAGGUCCAAAAGAUCCAGAUACCUAACCAUGAAAUAACUGACGGUUUCUGGGGGGCUGGGCAGGCCCAGCCAAACCUUCUUUCCCGGGGGCCCGCCAGCCGGCGAGGGGCUCUUGGGCACUCAGGAUGAUAGUCUCUCGACACCAGAGCAGGUCUCCUGACCGCCUUUCGAGAGGUGAGAUGUGCCUUCUGCGUUCACCUGAGGAUACGUUCUGUGUAUGUUCAAUGGGAUUUUGUAACUUUAUGUAAUUUUUUUUUCUUUUUUUACACAAAAGUAGCUUUUUAAAUGGCAUUUCCUCUGACCCAAGAGGCCUCAUGAAUGAGCCAGAUGUGGACCCAUGUCUUGGGCAUUUGUAACCUUUGUUCUUCUCUUGCAUGUGAAAAAAGCCAUAAUGGAUUAAACCAGACUGACUCC